CACAGUCUCUGGUCCAUCUCCUGUACUGUGUCCGCAGUCUCUGGUCCAUCCCCUGCACUGUGUCCGCAGUCUCUGGUCAUCUCCUGUACUGUGUCCGCAGUCUCUGGUCAUCUCCUGUACUGUGUCCGCAGUCUCUGGUCCAUCUCCUGUACUGUGUCCGCAGUCUCUGGUCAUCUCCUGUACUUCUCUGCAGUCUCUGUGUCUGCAGUCAUCCCCUGUACUGUGUCCGCAGUCUCUGGUCAUCCCCUGUACUGUGUCCGCAAUCUCUGGUCAUCCCCUGUACUAUGUCUGCAG